AUGUCUGAUAAUGAUGAAAUAAAUAACGGAAGGAGGAGAAGAAGAAGAGCUGAUGAUGAUGAGGAUGAGGAUGAUUCUUUGUCUACACAACCCCGUGAAGGUGGCGCUAACAUCCCUAGUUCUCCACAGUUUGAAGACCCGCUUGGAUCUCCAGAUGAGAUAGAUUUUGAGAAUCCAGAUAACGAUGGAGAUGAAGCUGUCAAUGUUCAAGAGGAUCUUGAAGAUGUGGAAGAAAGAAUGAAUGAAGUCGAUUUGAUGGGUGAUGAUAUGUACCGUGAUUACGCUUCAAACACAGAACAUGAUACGUAUGAAAGAAGAGGAGUCGACGACCAGGAGCAGCAAGAGUUGUCGCUCGCUGAGCGUAGAAGAAUCGAUGCACAAUUGAACGAGAGAGAUCGUUUGGUGCAUAGGAACACAGCAUACCUUGAUGAUGAUGAUGGCGAAGGAGCUGGUGCGCAUAAUUUGGAUGCUAUGGGUCUUCCAGUACAGAGGAGACGUAGAAGACGUCAAUACGAAGAAGCAGAUGAUGAUUUGUUAUCAGAUAUGGAUAUAGAUCCGUUGGCAGAUGAGCUCUCGUUGGAAUCUUUGGCAGAUGUGAAGGCAUCAAGUUAUUCUGAAUGGAUCACUCAACCGAAUGUAUCACGUACUAUUGCCAGAGAGUUGAAAUCGUUUUUGCUUGAAUAUACUGAUGAGUCAGGUAAAUCCGUUUACGGUGCUCGUAUCAGAACUCUCGGUGAAAUGAACUCUGAAUCCUUGGAAGUUAAUUAUAGACAUUUGGUAGAAUCCAAGGCCAUUCUAGCCCUAUUUUUAGCCAAAUCUCCCGAAGAAAUGUUGAAAAUAUUUGAUACAGUGGCUAUGGAAGCUACACAACUACACUAUCCCGAUUAUACUCGUAUUCACUCGGAAAUUCACGUAAGAAUCUCGGAUUUCCCUAGUAUAUUGAACUUACGUGCUUUACGUGAAACUCAUUUGAAUUCUUUAGUUAGAGUUAGUGGUGUCGUGACAAGAAGAACUGGUGUCUUCCCACAACUUAAAUACGUUAAAUUCAACUGUUUGAAAUGUGGUGCCACACUUGGGCCUUACUAUCAGGAUUCAAAUGAAGAAAUUAAAAUCUCGUUCUGCACAAAUUGUAGAUCUAAGGGUCCCUUCAGAAUUAAUAUGGAAAAAACUCUGUACCGUAAUUACCAAAGAAUCACCAUCCAAGAAUCACCAGGGUCUGUUCCAGCCGGUAGAUUACCACGUCACAGAGAAGUCAUUUUGUUGUGGGACUUGGUUGAUAUCGCAAAACCUGGUGAAGAAGUCGAAGUGACAGGAAUCUAUAAGAACACAUAUGACGGUAAUUUGAAUGCAAAGAACGGGUUCCCCGUUUUCGCAACAGUACUGGAAGCCAAUUCAGUGAAGAGAAGAGAAGGCGGAUUGCAUGAUGGUGAUGAACACGAAGGGCUGGAUGCCUUCAGUUGGACAGAAGACGAAGAGCGUGAAUUCAGAAAGAUGUCUCGUGACAGAGGAAUCAUCGAUAAAAUCAUUUCAUCAAUGGCUCCAUCUAUUUAUGGGCACAGGGAUAUCAAGACAGCAAUUGCAUGUUCUUUAUUCGGAGGUGUUCCUAAAAACAUUAACGGUAAGCAUUCCAUCCGUGGUGACAUAAACAUUCUACUUCUCGGUGAUCCAGGUACUGCCAAGUCCCAAAUUUUGAAAUACGUGGAAAAAACUGCCAACAGAGCUGUCUUCGCUACAGGUCAAGGUGCUUCUGCAGUCGGUUUGACAGCUUCUGUCAGGAAGGACCAAAUAACUAAAGAGUGGACUCUUGAAGGUGGUGCGUUAGUGCUUGCGGAUAAGGGUGUUUGUUUGAUUGAUGAAUUCGAUAAGAUGAACGAUCAGGAUCGUACUUCUAUUCACGAAGCAAUGGAACAGCAAAGUAUAUCCAUCUCUAAGGCAGGUAUCGUUACCACGUUACAAGCCAGAUGCUCUAUUUUAGCUGCCGCCAACCCGAUCGGUGGUCGUUACAACUCUACUCUUCCGUUAUCACAAAAUGUCAAUUUGACUGAACCAAUUUUGUCAAGAUUCGAUAUCCUCUGCGUGGUAAGAGAUUUGGUUGAUGAAGAAAGUGAUAAUCGGCUAGCAUCUUUCGUCGUUGAUUCACAUAUCAGGUCUCAUCCAGACAAGGAUCUGGAUGAUUUUGAUGAUGGUAACGUUCCAACGGAAAAUCCUAAUGGGGAGGGUGAUGAAGAAACUCCGUUAUCUGCCAAACAAAGACGCUUGCAGAACCUUCGUAAAAGAGAAGAAGAAAUUUCGCCCAUAUCUCAGCAUAUGCUAAUGAAGUAUAUUCAUUACGCAAGAACUAAAGUUUACCCUAAGUUACAUCAAAUGGAUAUGGACAAAGUGAGUAGGGUUUAUGCUGAUUUGAGACGAGAGAGUGUCACUACUGGUUCAUUCCCGAUCACCGUUCGUCAUUUGGAAUCUAUCUUAAGAAUUGCUGAAGCCUUCGCGAAAAUGAGAUUAUCAGAAUUCGUUUCCUCAUGGGAUUUAGACAGAGCAAUUAAAGUAACAGUGGACAGUUUUGUGGGUGCACAAAAGAUUAGUGUACGUCGCCAACUACAAAGAUCUUUCGCUGUUUAUACUAUGGGAACAAUGUGA